GAUAUGGGCGGAGCAAAGAUGGUGUCGACGUUAGUGUAAAAAACUUUGAAAGCUACUUGCUAACUUUGCUAAUUUUUCUACUGCUGACACGGUUAAGAUCGCAUUAAGCGGAACACAUGAAAUGUUCAAAAUUGUGGAUUGCAACGGUUCGGAAGAACACAGUGAAUUUUGUGGAUGGACCAGUAAUAUGUUGGUCAAUAGUAAAAAUGAGUUUGCAAAGCGGGUGCAACAGUUUGUGGAAGAGAGGAUGCAGACUACGAUGCUUACAGGUGUGCUGAUAGGAGCUGGAGUGGCUGUUGCACUGAUUGGGAUUGUAGUGCUCUUUCUCUACAGAAGAUACAGACAUUCUCGUGAACAGCAGCCUGGUGUGCCACAUUACCGCUUUAGGAAAAGAGAUAAAGUGCUAUUCUAUGGAAGAAAGAUCAUGCGAAAGGUUCAGACACUUUCAUCUACACCUGCUCCCUCCUCUACUUCUGUAUCAAAGCCAUCACAACGGAUACGUAAGAGAACCAAAGUACUAAGCAUAGCACGCAAAAUCUUGAGGAUUCGUAAGGAUCCUCCAACUCUGCAGCCUAAAGAGCCACCUCCUUCUCUUCUGGAGGCCGACCUAACUGAGUUUGAUGUGCAGAGCUCUAACCUUCCUUCUGAGGUCCUCUAUAUGCUUAAAAAUGUCAGAGUCCUCGGCCAUUUUGAGAAGCCUCUUUUCCUUGAGCUUUGUCGUCACAUGGUCUUUAUUGAACUGCAGGAGGGUGAUGGUCUUUUUAGGCCUGGGGAUGAUGAUGACAGCAUCUAUGUUGUACAGGAUGGACGUCUAGAACUCUGUAUACAUGAGAAUGAUGGCACUGAACCAUUAGUAAAGGAUGUGCUACCAGGAGAUAGUGUUCACAGUCUGCUGAGUAUUCUGGAUGUUAUCACAGGUUAUCCUGCACCCUAUAAGACUGUGACUGCACGGGCAGCUACUCGCUCCACCAUAUUACGCUUGCCAGCAUCUGCUUUUGAAUCAGUGUUUAAAAAUUACCCGGAGACUCUUGUGCGCGUCAUUCAGAUUAUUAUGGUGCGCCUUCAAAGAGUCACAUUUCUGGCAUUACAUAACUACCUGGGUUUAACAACGGAGCUCUUCAAUCCAGAGAACCAGGCUGUUCCCUUGACAAAUGUGAACAGUGCAAUUAGUGAGGCCAGUUCGGGGAAGGUGAUUCGUCGGCUCCACUUCCAGGAUGAGUUAUCUGGUGUGACCUCUGAGCCUCCUGAUACGGGAGAUGGCGUUAAGGACAGCCCUUCAAAUAACUAUAGAAAGCAACGAUCUAUUUCUUUGCCUCCCGAAUCCUCAGGUAAUGACCUGAACAUGGCUUGUGAACGGGCCCGUGUUACAAUUGACGAGACACCACCUAGUCCUGUAUUGCCAAAAUCCAGUCUAAAGAAAACUGUGACCCUGCAUCACACACCAAUAGAGGUGUUUUACUAUACGGACAGCAGAGGGCAGUCUGAUGCCAUUCACCUUAGUAAAAGCGGCACAAUCCUCCAUGCUGCAAAGAAAGAUCUGCUGGGAGUCAUUCAACUGCAGGACCCCAGUCUACUUGAUGGCAGAGUGACUCUGCAUCAAGUCAAAGCUGGUUCUGUUGUUGCCCGUCAAGGAGACCAGGAAGUAAGCAUUCAGUUUGUAAUAUCUGGACUUCUUCAUGUUUAUCAACGUAUGAUUGACCGUGAGGAGGAGACCCGCUUGUUUGUGACCCACCCUGGAGAGCUUGUUGGACAGCUUGCUGUGCUAACAGGGGAACCCCUCAUAUUUACUGUGCGAGCUCAGAGAGACUGCAGCUUCCUCUCCAUUUCCAAAACUCACUUUUAUGAGAUUAUGCGUGUGGAACCAAAAGUAGUGCUCAAUGUGGCGCACACAGUUGUGAAAAGGAUGUCCUCCUUUGUCAGACAGAUAGACUUUGCUCUUGAUUGGAUGGCUGUGGAGGCUGGUAGAGCUGUCUAUAGGCAAGGGGAUAAGUCAGAUUGCACCUUCAUCGUGCUUAGUGGUCGACUCCGUUCUGUAAUCAUGAAGGAGGAUGGUAAAAAGGAGUUAAUAGGAGAGUAUGGCCGAGGGGACCUAAUUGGAGUGGUUGAAGCUGUCACUCAUCAGAACAGAGCCACCACAGUCCAUGCAGUCCGAGACUCUGAACUGGCCAAAUUACCACAAGGUGCUCUCAGCUCCAUUAAAAGGAAAUUUCCCCAGGUUGUCACCAGAUUAAUCCACUUGCUUGGACAGAAGAUCCUCAGACAGGUCAAUGGUCCACUGACAACCCGCAGUUUAGCCCUCCCUGGCAGCAAAUGGGAUGCAGGGAACCAAGCUUCUAACCUGUCCACUGUAGCAGUGUUGCCUGUAUCUGAGGAAGUCCCUCUCACUGCUUUCACUUUGGAGCUGCAGCAUGCCCUUGUUGCAAUAGGUCCCACUUUGUUGCUGACCAGUGAUACAAUCAAACAGAGUCUUGGAGGUGCUGCACUCGACAGUGUCCACGAGUAUCGCCUGUCCAGCUGGCUUGGCCAACAGGAAGACAUCCAUCGCAUAGUGUUGUAUCAAACAGACUACACUCUGACUCCAUGGACUCAAAGGUGCAUCCGUCAGGCUGACUGUAUCAUUAUCGUGGGACUUGGGGAGCAGGAGCCGACUGUUGGGGAGCUGGAGCGCAUGUUGGAAGGCAGUGCCGUGCGAGCUCAGAAGCAGCUGGUGUUGUUGCACAGAGAAGAUGGCCCUCCACCCAAAGGCACAGUGGAGUGGCUCAAUAUGAGGAGCUGGAUCUCCAGACACCUACACCUCUCUUGUCCCAGAAGAGUCUUCUCAAAAAGAAGCCUACCCAAGCUACGUGAACUAUAUCAACGUGUGUUUGAAAAACCAGCAGACCGCCACUCAGAUUUCUCACGACUGGCUCGAGUCCUGACAGGAAACAGCAUCGCAAUUAUUUUGGGAGGGGGAGGGGCAAGAGGCUGUUCCCAAGUGGGAAUAAUGCGUGCUCUGUCGGAAGCUGGGAUCCCUGUGGACAUUAUUGGUGGUACGUCUAUUGGCUCCUUGAUGGGUGCACUAUAUGCUGAAGACCGAAGCCACAGCCACAUGAGGAUCAGGGCCCGAGAAUGGGCCAUGGAAAUGACAUCAGUAUUUAAAAAAGUUCUGGAUUUGACAUACCCAAUCACUUCAAUGUUUUCGGGAGCUGGCUUUAAUUCAAGCCUCAGUAAUUUGUUCAAAAGCAAACAGAUAGAGGAUCUUUGGAUACCAUAUUUUAACAUUACAACCGACAUCAGCUCCUCUACAAUGAGAGUACACACAGAUGGCUCCCUGUGGCGAUAUGUCCGUGCCAGCAUGUCUCUUUCUGGGUAUCUUCCUCCACUCUGUGACCCCAAAGACGGACACCUGCUGAUGGAUGGGGGCUACAUCAACAACCUGCCAGCUGAUGUAGCACGCUCCAUGGGGGCCAAAGUGGUGAUCGCUAUUGAUGUGGGAAGCCGGGAUGAAACCAACCUGACUAAUUACGGCGACUCACUUUCCGGCUGGUGGCUGUUAUGGAAACGCUUCAACCCCCUUGCAGAGAAAGUCAAGGUCCUAAACAUGGCUGAGAUUCAGACUCGGUUGGCAUACGUGUGCUGUGUGAGGCAGCUGGAGUUGGUGAAGAACAGUGACUACUGCGAGUACAUCAGGCCUCCCAUUGACCGAUAUCGAACACUAGAGUUUGGAAAGUUUGAUGAGAUUGCUGAGGUAGGAUACCAGCAUGGCAAAACAGUGUUUGAUGUGUGGUGUCGCAGUGGGGUGGUAGAGAAAAUGUUAAAGGACAAACACCAAGAGGAGUUCCACACCCAAAGCAAGAACAGUGUGGUAACGUGCCCCAAUGCCUCUUUCACUGACCUGGCAGAAAUUGUGUCUCGCAUUGAACCUGUUAAACCAGCUGUAAUGGAUGAGGGGUCUGACUACCACACUGAUUAUGAGGAGGAGGCCUUGGAGAGUGCACUGUCUGACAUGGAGCUGUACAGUCGCUCCACAGAGCACACUGAAGGGGAGGAGACUGCAGAAACGGAUGAAGAUGUGGACAGAGGAGACAGUUUUUCUCAUAGUCUGAGUUCACCUCCAGGAGCCUCCAACAACCGAAAGGAUGAGCCAUCAAAGCAAGAAGUUGUGUCUCAGCAAUCCAGCCACUCAAGGCCAGCCAAAUGAGUCCUGUUUGAACAGGUCAUCACUAUUCACCCCAACUGACAUUUCUUACUUUUUACUUCAUUUAACAUGACUUUUGUGUGUGGCCUCUUUGUCAAGAGCAUUCUCAUUAGCAUUGUGUCAAGGAAAAGACCUUGUUUGUUCAGUGACUCAAAUAUUAAGAUACAAAUGGAAUUCUUAAGUAGAAAUUCUUACCAACAACUUGAAAAAACCCAUCAGCCUUCUGUGGUCUCAAAUUUAUAAAUCGGUGCAAUAACAAAAAGACGGUUACAAAUGUAGUGUAAAUUAAUAUUAAAAAGAUGUAGGAGAUACAAAAAAUAUAUAAUACUGAAGCAUGCAGAUUAUUUGGUUCAGAUUUAAAAAGUCCAUUACUAAUCAGCCAUGGCCGUAAUGUAAUUCCCAAAAUAAAACGUAUGUGUACCAAUAAUUUCACAAUUGUCAAUUGUCACAGUCCAAGGACAUAGGAGAAAGUAAUCACUCCCAAAAGAGAACCUUUUCUUUUGGCCUCAAUGUGAACCUCCCAUUUGCUUGUGUAAUGAACCCUUCACACAGACUGAGCAGCACACUAUGGAUCUGCUGUGUGAACCUUGAAGUUCAGCCAGUCUGCAUAGCAGAUAUGAUCUCAAAUAGUGUAUUAUCCUUAAGCAUUACCCUAUGGUAAUGGUUAAGGAUAUUAUUAUAUUUAUAAUGUAAUUGUUUGUGAAUCUGUCAUGUUAUUUAAUCAAUAUGCAACAUUUAUUUAACUGCUAUUUUAUUGCUGACUAAGUUAAUCAUAAAAGCACAUCAUUCCAGAAAUGCCUUGUAAUGCAUGUUUACUAGCUAAUUUAAAGAGAUCAAUAGAUUUGUUUCACAAAGCGGUGACACUGAUUGGACAGUUUGGUGAAUCUCCUUAGUGAAAUUGACCUAUUAUUUGUUACAUUACUACAAACCUAAGCCUAAUCAGUACUGUAAUAGAUUUGUAUUCAUUAGUUUCCAGUUGUACUUCCACAUAUUGAUUUAGGCUCAAAAAAUAUGCAGAUCAAUGUAAUUUUUCAAUGUUAUUUUGUACUGUAGAUAGUUUUCCAGUGUGAUUGCCAGACACAGACAUAUAAUGUCUUUUUUACAUGUAGGGAAGAGGAAGCCCUGUUUGAAGCCUAUAAGGUGUCAAGGACAAGUGAGUGAAUGUGAGCAUGGGACAAUGACAGGACUAGUGGCUUAAUGAUGGGAUGAGUUUUUUUGCACUUUGUGUUUUUAGUUCUUUGGGUUCUUUCCAAAAAAGA